AUGUACAAGUCCGAAAUAGAAACAUCUUCAACUGAAUCUGCCACAAAUGCUUCUUCCUCGCAACAUCUUGAAACAAGUUAUAUGUCAAACGACACAUCAAGAUUGGUAAAGAAGAACAAGACGAGCACAAUGCCAUUUGUGAAGCGUCUACUAGUCGUUGUGGCUGACUUAAGUUCUAAAGUAGACCGUGUAUUACAGAAAAAAGAUGAACCAGACACAACUGUUGAACCAGACAGAGGGUUUCGAGAGGAGGAAGAGAUGAUAAAUGAAGAGGAUGAAGAAAAAAUAUUACCAUGA